AAUCUUAUAAUUCGACUCUCCGAAAAUCAAAACAAAUUCAUAAAAAUAUGUAUAUCUAUACAAGUCGACCGAAAAAUCCAAGUUUUGUGACGUGAAGGCUGGAAUAUGAUUUCUUAAAAAAAUCAAGUUGAAACGAUAUAUAAAGAAAACUAAAAAGAAAUCAUAACUAGUUCAAAGUUUAUGAUCCAAAACUCCCAAUAAAGUUACUUCACAAUCUUUAGAUUCAAAUAAGGAAAUUCAAAGUUCAGCAUCCGAUAUCGCAGUCGCGAUGAAACAAAAUAGUAUCUCCGAAACCGGAAAUCAAAGCUCAAAAAAAUAAUCUGAAUUUAAAAAUACCCAAAAAUUUUAAAUUCAAAUAAGAAAACAAACAAAAAAGUUUGGAAAUGAUUUCAAGAUUAUCAGCCCAAUCCUAAAUAUUCUUGCGGAAUUUCUCCUUUGCGAAUUUUAAAAUCCUCUAAGAAAAAAUCCUCCAAUUCUAAAUUGUCGGGGAGAAGGAUUUUUUAGGAGUAGGAUUUUUUCUCUUUCUAUCUUUCGAAAUCAGCUGUUAUGCUUAUUGUUGACAAUUUUUCGAUAAUUUGCCAAUGGGAUUUUUGCAUGUUUUGGCGAAACUUUAUUAAUUGUGGUUGAUUCGGAAACUUAAAAAUGAAUAGCUUAGCGUUAAAUAUGUUAGUGAGAGAAAUUAGUGAGGAAGAAAGGCAACAAACAAACGCGCAACGAGUGGCGAGGAGGAAACUGCGCGACUUGAUGAACCCCUUGGAGUUGCCUCAACCUUUAUUUGAAAAGUAUUUCAGGUUGAAUAAACCGGCGUUUGAAUACUUGCUAGAAGUGGUAACGACUCAUACACAGCCAGGUAGGAAGCAGUUUGCUGUUACACCUAUAGUGAAGUUGAGCGCCUGUUUGCGCUUUUUUGCGGAAGGUGGUUAUCAGACGGGUGUGGGAAAACACCACGACGUUGGACUAGCGCAGUCUAGUUUCUCCAAAGCACUCGCCGACGUGCUACGUAUAUUUGAGACGUAUCUGUGCCCACGGUGGGAACAGUUUCCAGUGACAGCGGAAGAAAAAAGCAAAAUUGCGACUGCUUUUUAUGUUAAACAUAAAAUUCCAGCUGUUGUCGGUUGUGUAGAUGGAACACACGUUAAAAUAAUCGCACCAUCCGAAAAUUCUCACCUGUACUACAACAGAAAAGGAUACUACAGUUUGAAUGUUAUCUUGGUGUGUGACCAUGAACUAAAAAUUCGCUACGUCGAUGCUUCUCAUCCGGGUGCUAGUCAUGACUCGCUAAUUUGGAACGUUAGCGAGUUACGUUCACAUUUUGAGACCGAAUUUUCGAAUCAUCCAAGAAAUUUCUGGCUAUUAGGUAAAGUUUAGCACUGUAAACAUUUUUAAAGUCAGAGCAUUAAGCUUUUAUAUAUACAUACAUAUGUAUGUAUGUAUGUAUGUACAUAAUU